GUGGCUCGUCCGAUCCACAAGAAAGGAGCGUAGUAUAAAAACCCAUCCGGACUGUCCCCUGUAGAAAGGACUGACUAAGUAAAAAAUAGUCGACAUGACCUUAGAGGUCGUUAAGCCAAGAAGAAUGUUAUACCUAAAGAUGCUAAAGAUUUAUGCAUUAAAGAAAACAAAUUCGAAUGUAAAGUCGGUGAACUGCAUAGAACCCUUAAACGCUUGUCGAUAAGAAUCUUAAGAGAAACAAUUGCUGUGCCUUGGGUUUAAGAUUCACACUGUAGAAUUGGAAGCAACAGUUUAAACGAUCGUUUAGUCGUCACCACGAAUGUGAUCCAAGUCAACGAGCUAGAAUCGCAAAGCAAUAAAUAUCGGUCGCAGUAUGCCUGAAGAUUCAAUUUAAUUUUGAGUUUUGGAAAAGCAGAUAGCAGUGGUUGGAACGGUAAGAACUUGCUGUUGGAUUCCCGGUAUCAAUUGACAAUGUUCGAGGAUCUUGAAGUCGACAUGCCGAAUACGAAGAUAACCAAUCAGUCCGAUGGAGACGCAUCGCCGACUCCUUCGAACUACGAAAGGGAAAAGCUUCACAUGGAGGAGGCCUACAUUUUCGAAAUCGCGCAUAUACGAGCAAUGGUGGAAGAGUUUAGGGGCGACAAUACGAUUCGUGUUCAUGCUUGGAUCGAGAAGCUGGAGCAAGUAUUUCGUGCGCUGAAACUGAACAAAUCGCAGCAAUUGAUUGCUGCGUGUUAUUUAUUAACCGGAACUGCAUGUAUUUUUCGUCGCACCUGUCACUUUAAAGAUUACGACGAUUUGAAAGCGAAAUUGCUGGAAGAAUUUCAAGGUCAGGAAUGCAACGACCAAGAUAUUAUUAGGGAGCUUCUGAGAAAAAGGUUGCAGGGUGAAGACGUUUCGCAUUAUGUAAGGGAGAUGAUUGAAAUGGCCAACGGUUGCAAUAUUGCGGAAGUUGAUUUGGUCGACAUUAUCAUUGAUGGCUUAGAAGAUAAUUCUAGCCUCGUAGUAAUGCUGUACGGAGCAAAAACAAUCGCCGAGUUGAAGAGUCUUCUACCCAGAUACAAAAAAAGACGUUUCUAUUCUUGAACAGUAGGAUAAUUUCUUAUAAGCGGUAGCUUCAUACUCAUAGAAGGUCAAAAGAUAUGGGUUUUCAAUAAAUAUAUAUGGAGAUUGAUUAGAAAA